CCGGUUUUCCUUCACUAAUUCCGGGUCCGUCACUUUUAUUCUUCCCCCGCCCGCACGCGUGUUCGCAUGUGCGACUUACUGAAAGACAUGGCGGCUAUUUUAAUAUAAAUAAUUGUGCUUUUCAUUUUCAUCUCGACAUGGAUCUCGCCGCGAGGGACUCGUACAUCCAGAAAUUGACGAGUAAAGUGUUAAAUCAGCAGCCGCAGGAGCCAAAGAAGAGGCCAUUUGCUCCCUUUAAGGGCCAGAAAGACAGCGGUCCGUCACAGAAGAAGAAAAAGUGCCAAAAGAAGUCGCUUAAAGAUGAGAAGAAGCACGCUGCGACGCCUCGGAACAAGUCCAGCCCAGCAUCAGCAAACAACAAACACUUGAAAGUGAACGCAACAAACGAAGUAGGAAAUGUGAAGGCCGGCUUCUCCACUGUCGACGUUCUACGGAGGCGGCUGCACGAGAAGAUUGAGGAGGUGAAAGCGCAGGGAGCCCCCAAGGAGGCGCCGUCGGAGGCGGUCCAGGCCAAGCGAGCCAAGCGGAAACUGGAGCGCGAGCGCAAGAAGAGAAAGAAGAAGGAAUUCCGUCUGAAGAAGCUGGCCGAAACCAAAGCGCAAAGCCAGCAGGUUGAGGUCAAACAGGAGGAAGAGGAGGAGCGAGAGAAGCCCCCGGCCGCCGGAAAACGGCAGGAGGACGCCGUCAUCUUCAACACGGUGGAAACGGUGGAGGAGGAGUUGGUGGACAAGGCCCUGAAGAAGAAGGCCAAGAAGCAGCGCGUCAAGGGCCAAAUCACGCCGCUGUCGGGACGCAACUACAAGCAGCUGCUGAGCCGCGUGGAGGCGCGCAAGGACAAACUGGAGAAGCUGCGGGAGAAGGACGAAGCCAAGGCCCGCCAGGUGGAGACCAGGAUGAAGUGGACCAACGUGCUGUACAAGGCCGAGGGCGUCAAGAUCAAGGACGACGAGGCCAUGCUGCGCGCCGCCCUGGCCAACAAGGAGAAGAAGCGCAGCCGGCGCAAGAAGGAGUGGGCCGAGCGCAGCCGGGCCGUCGUGGAGAAGAUGCAGAAGCGGCAGGACAAGCGGCGCAGGAACAUCAAGAAGAGGAAGGACGCCAAGAUUGAGAACAAGAAGAACAAGGCCAGGAAGAAGGGCCGAAUUCUGCCCGAGGACUUGAAGAAAGUCGCCCUGUAGUCGGAAGGAGGCUCCUAGCGCCGUGUGACGCAAAAAUGCAGACGGAUUUCAUACUAAAAACAAAACCAUCAAAA